UGUAAUGACUUGCAUUUGAUGUUGCUUUUGACAUCAAAACGUUCAUAGUUUUGUUCCCAUUUGAGAUUUCGGACAUAACAUUUCAAGUCCUCCAACAUUACCAUAUUGCUGCCAAUGUCUUUCCCACAUCCGUUGAGAGCCUUCUCGGUAGGGGCUCAAUCAACAACACAGUUGGCAGAUAAAAUAACAGACGACCCUGGAGUCAACAAAACCCCUCAGAGCACCGUAACUUGCGUCUAUCAAAUCCAUAUUUCUGGAUAUUGGUGCAAUGUAACAGUUCUAUGGUGCAAAAAUCUUAUGAAUCAUUCCCUCAACCUCAUCUUAAAUAAUCCUGAAAGCGGCCAAAUUUUUUACAGCUGCAAGAUUGACCUUAAGCCUUGGCUUUUUUGGAGCAAAAAAGGGUGCAAGUCCUUUGACCUUGAAGGUUCCCAAGUAGAUAUUCAUUGGGAUCUGCGCUCAGCUAGAUUUUCCAGUAGCCCCGAACCAUAUGGUGAUUAUUACGUAGCCUUAGUCUCUGACGGAGAGGUUGUAUUAUUGUUGGGAGAUCUCAAGAAGAAAGCCUAUAAGAAGACAAAAUCUAGACCAGCACUUGUAGAUCCUACCUUAUUUUACAAGAAGGAAAAUGUCUUUGCUAAAAAAUCCUUCUCUACCAGAGCUAAAUUUGACGAAAGGAAACAAGAGCACGACAUUGCCGUGGAAAGUUCUACUGCAGGACCUAAAGACCCUGAAAUGUGGAUUAGCAUAGAUGGAAUCGUAGUAAUUCAUGUGAAGAACUUGCAAUGGAAAUUCAGAGGGAACCAAACUGUUAUCGUGAAUAAGCAACCGGUGCAAGUUUUCUGGGACGUGCACGAUUGGUUGUUUAAUACCACAGGAACAGGUCAUGGCUUGUUCAUAUUUAAACCAAGGUCAGGAGAUUCUGAUGAUGACAGAGACGACAGCACUCAUGGUACCAAUAGCGAUACCAGCGACGGGAGCAAGUAUUUUUCAACCAAAAGCACCACACCGAUCCCUGAAUUCUCCCUUUUUCUUUAUGCAUGGAAGAUAGAGUGAAUUACAUUCUAUGUAUUUGACAAUGGCUAAACCGAGCAUGAACAUGAACAUAGGUAUUCUCAUUCAUUGUCUAGAUCUAUUUCCAUGUCAGUAGAAUUUAAGCUGUAAAAAUCAGUCAUGCCCCUUUUAAUCAUGUAUAUUAAAAUCUUAUAGAUCCACUAGGAAGAAACAUUCAUCUUCAUUGAGUAGUUGUACCCUGUGCAGUUGUUAUAUAGACCUUGAUGCUGAGUUUAAUCCAUGGAUUUUUAAGAGAUAUCCCAUA